AUGUAUGCCCUAGUUCUCCUCAUCCUCUGUCUUUUUCUAUCCUUCUACUAUGUCAUCCUUCCCGUCGUCAACUACUUCCGAGACCCUAAAGGUCUCCGCAAGUACCCCCAACUCUCACUCUGGUCGGGAAUCUCGAGUCUUCCUCUAGUGAUCGAGUCCCACAGAGGCACGCGAUACAAGCGCCUCUUUGCAGCCCAUAAGAGCCACCCAGUGCUCCGCACCGGUCCCAACAUGUUAUCCUACGCAGACCCCAAUGCCAUCAAAGACAUCUACGGCCACAGCACGAAAUGCACCAAGGACCUGUUCUACUCCAUCACAAGCGGCUCUCAUUUCCACCUCGCCGACGUCGUUGACAAGAGCGAGCAUGCCCGCAAGCGCAAGGUCCUAUCCAGUGCCUACGCGCUCAAGAACCUCGAAUCCUGGGAGUACAAGGUCGCCGACAUGACGCGGCGCAUCAUCGGGGCGUUCGAUGCCCGAUGCACGGAUCCCCUCCCCAACGGCUACCGCCCCAAUGAAGAGGAUCUGACGGUUGACUACCGUCUGUGGACGAACCUAUUCACCAUUGCAGCCAUCGCAAACAUCGGUCUAAGCGAAGACAUCCGCUUUCUGGACCAAGGCAACGACCAGAUCACGUCCGAAUCCAUGGACGGGACCAUCAAGCGCGUGAGCUUCCAAGAAUGCCACUUCGCGAACGGGUCGGCCACCUCGACGCUGAUAUGGUGCUACGAGUGGUACAACACCCUCGUCAAAGCCAGCAAGGUGGUGUCCGCCACGUUCCGCCGCAAGUGGCAGCUCAGCCGGGACUGGGACGGGAUCGUCUACAGCCGCGCGCACAACCGGUGGAAACGUUACCAAAACGGGGAGCAGCUGGACGAUUUCUUCGCCGCGAUGAUGGCGGACAAGAACGGGGUGCCGCACAACCUGGAAUGGGGCGAGGUGGUCGCCGAGGUGAGCAUCAUGAUCAACGCCGGGUCCGACACCACGGCCAUCGCGCUGAGCAACGUCAUGUUCCUGCUUCUGCGCCACCCGCACUGCCUCCAGAAGCUGCGCGAGGAGGUGGACGAGGUCCUGGACGAGGAGGAGGUCGUCGCGCCGUACGACAAGGUCAAACAUCUGCCCUACCUGCGGGCCUGUCUGGAUGAGUCGAUGCGGCUGUAUCCGCCGGUCUCGUUUGCGCUGCCGCGCCGCACGCCCCCGGAGGGGACCACGAUUCUGGGCGAGUUCGUGCCCGGGAACACGUCGGUCGGGAUCUCGGCGUAUGUCGUGCAUCGCAACGAGGCCGUCUUCCCCGAACCAGACGCCUUCAAGCCGGAGCGCUGGCUGGGUGAGGCGGGCAAGGACCUGCAGCCGUACUUUGUGGCCUUCAGCACCGGCGCCCGCGGCUGUAUCGGUCGCAACAUCAGCUACCUGGAGCAGACCGUGUUGAUCGCUUCGCUGGUGCACCGCUACGAGUUCGCCUUGCCUCAUCCGGCCUGGGAGCCUACGAGGCAUGAAACCACGAAUACGGGGCUGGGUCCUAUGCCCAUGAAGAUCUGGCGGCGGGGGUAG